AUGUCGUCACACAAUGCCGUCAACCAGACCACCGCCAACCGUUACGAGAUAUCGGUCUGGCACGAGAUAAAGGAUUACAUAGAUGCUUCGUUGUCUCCCACCACCGAAUGUUCUCCUAGUCCCAUCCCCUUUGCCCUUUGUCCACUUUGCCGCGAGGAGCUUGACAUACAGGGCAUUCCCCCCACCAGUAAGACCGUGGUCAGGCACCCAGGAUGCGUCCUACCUUGUGGGCAUUUCUUUGGAAUAACAUGCUGGAAGGCUUGGGUGCGUGAUUACCAGGCCGAACCCACGAAGCAUUACAUUGGGCCCAACAACCCAAUUCCUGUUGCCGGCAUUCGAGAGGGUCGCCGUCUCACGACAAUGGAUCUGGCGGAAUGCCACAAGUACGGCCAAUCAAAGCCGUACCGCAAAUUUGAAUGCCCCGUCUGUCGUACCGAUCUUCACUACACCGGAUGCUGCUGUGAAGUCCGGCCUGCUAUUAUCCCUACCAACAAGUCCACAUGUUCUAUUGCCUGUCUUCUCGCGCUUCCGAAAACCUUUUUGGAGGUUUCCAGGGAUGCACCUACUGCUCGCCUCGACCAGGACACGACUGUGGACGGGACGGACGUCAGACAAGAUACAACGGACGCCAGCCAGGACUCUUCAGACGAAGAGAAGGACUGUUCGGACAGCGAUGAGAACGUCGCCGACAAGGUGAACGACAUGGAGGACGACGAGAUCAUCGCCAAUUACCGUCAUAACAUCACACCUGCGGCCAACAACGACAACUACAUCGAGAGAAAGACCGCCGGCUCUCCUCGGUUCAGCCAGCAAGGGCCUAACGGAGCCAUCCGCAUUCUCACCCCUCGGCCCGUCAUAUACGACAUCAACUCAAUCCGUCAACCUGGCUUCUACCCGGUUAUGCGCCUUCGCGCUCAGUACCCCGACCUGAACAACCCCAAGGGCUGGGACUGCCGCAUUGUAGGCGGCCGUCUCUCCGAUGUCGUCGACCCCGUGUGCGGUCAACGCAUGUACGACUUGACUCGAUACCGCUGGCUGAAGAACAAAUACGACGAAAUUGAGCCACAAUGGAGGGACUACGAGGCCCCAGGAGCCACCGUUCCUGCGAAUCUGCCCGGCGCGGGCCUCAACCAAUUUCCUGGUGUGUCCUGGAAGCUCGCCGUCUCGGCCGUCUACCUCUCUGCAGGGCAAGACGCCAACGGCGGUCUCAAGCUAUCUGACAUGGAAGGAAUGGGGGAGUAUCCCGACUGGGAUGAGCGUCUCGAGCAGCCGGAAUGGCAGGCUCGCGGGGUUAGCAAGAUUCCCCGCGAUCAUUGGGGCCAUGGCCCUAGACAUGUCAUGGGACGCUGGAUGCCGGGACAUGGCAAGAUUAUUUUCCAGACUGACAAGUUCAGCUAUUGUGCUUUGCACUAG